GCUGCAUUUUCUCACGUUUGCAGCAGCGAAACUUCUUGGCGCUCUGGGCAGCGGCCCCGCCACGACUGCCCGGGCUGCGGGUGGUGGAGGAGAGCAGAGAGCGACCCAGGGUGAUGUGAGCAGACCCAGGAAUGCCUUAUGUGGAUCGGCAGAACCGGAUCUGUGGGUUUCUGGACAUCGAGGAGAAUGAGAACAGCGGCAAGUUUCUGCGGAGGUACUUUAUUCUGGACACACAGGCCAACUGCCUUCUCUGGUAUAUGGACAACCCCCAGAACCUGGCAGCUGGGGCAGGAGCGGUUGGAUCUUUGCUGCUCACCUACAUCUCCAAGGUGAGCAUAGCUACCCCAAAACAGAAGCCCAAAACUCCAUUUUGCUUUGUUAUUAAUGCCCUGUCUCAGAGGUACUUUCUUCAAGCCAAUGACCAGAAAGAUCUGAAGGACUGGGUUGAAGCCCUGAACCAAGCCAGCAAGAUCACUGUACCGAAGGUUGGGACCCUACCGCUGGCCACUGAAGUUCUCAAAAGCUUUACAGCUCCUCCCACCUUGGAGAAGAAGCCGCAGGUGGCUUACAAGACUGAGAUCAUUGGAGGGGUGGUUGUGCACACACCCAUCAGCCAGAAUGGUGGGGAUGGUCAGGAAGGGAGUGAGCCAGGGUCCCAUGCCAUCCUGCGAAGGUCUCAGAGCUACAUCCCCACGUCAGGCUGCCGUGCUUCCACUGGACCUCCCGUCAUUAAGAGUGGCUACUGUGUGAAGCAAGGAAAUGUGAGGAAGAGUUGGAAACGACGUUUCUUUGCAUUGGAUGACUUCACCAUCUGCUACUUCAAGUGUGAGCAGGACCGGGAGCCCCUGCGUACUAUAUUUCUCAAGGAUGUUCUCAAGACCCAUGAGUGUCUGGUCAAGUCUGGUGAUCUGUUAAUGAGGGACAACCUGUUUGAAAUCAUAACCAGCUCCAGGACGUUCUAUGUACAGGCGGACAGCCCUGAAGACAUGCACAGCUGGAUUAAGGAGAUUCAGGCAGCUGUCCAGGCCCUCAAGUGCCACCCCAAAGAAAUAUCCUUUUCUAGAUCCAUUUCUUUGACUCGACCUGGAAACUCCAGCCUUGCAGGUGGGCCUAACUCUGUCUUGUGCAGGGGCCGGCCACCCAUGGAAGAAAAGAAAGCCCUCUGUAAGGCGCCCUCUGGGGCCUCGUCCUGGCAACCCUGGACACCAGUCCCUCAGGCCAGAGAAAAGCUGCUUCCGGCUGUGGAGGCUCCAAAGGACUCUUUGUUCUUGCCUCAGCGAGGGGAGAGCCAGGCUGCAGGGGUGUCAGCAAGUUCUCGUGCAAGGCACAGGUCGGAGCCACAGCACUCCAAGGAGAAACCAUUUGUGUUCAACCUUGAUGAUGAAAACAUACGGACCUCUGAUGUGUGAUAAGCUUAGUGUCAUGGUAGGCGGCGAGGAAGCAAGGACUCACGAAAGGGGGCCUGACUCAGUUUCUCUGCUAUGUUGGAACAAAGCGGUCUGUGACACUUUCAUCCCUGAGGAUACACUGCAGGAAGGGUCCAUCAGCUGGCUUUUGUUUCUGGUGUUACUGAUGUAGUGUAUUUAAUUUGGGAAAGUCACUAGGUUAGACCUAGAGGUGUACACUGUUGCCUUUGAACUCGCCUGAGGAAUUCCUGGUAAGGAGUUAGUUUUGACACUUCCUCUGUAGAGGAGGCUGGAGUUCAGACUCACCCCAAAAAGGGUUUAUUUCCUCAUCAGUGUUUUACUUUGGGGGGGGUUGUUUUCAGUCUUCACACAUGACCUGAAGCCUGGGCCCCAGUUUCAUUGUCCCUUGUAUUGGCUGAAAUCUGUAGGGCAGGCAGGUGGGAACCAGACUGACGGAAAGGCGUCACUGGGUGGUGGAGGACAGCUGGCUGCAGCUGGACUAGCACCCAUUCUGAGAGGUGGUCCUGGAAUCCUGGAGCAGAGGGAGAACCUGAGAAUUCCUGCCUCAGCGGCUCUCCCAGGACACUUCUCAGAGGAAGAGAAGGGGGACCUCUUGUGAGUCAUGAAGAAUAAUGCAACUGCACCAGCCAUUUGAGGGAGUCACUCUAUUUCCUUGUUGCUAUAAAUGUGGGUGACACAUCUCCCAGGGCAGUUUCUGGGUCAGGCCCCAAAGAUGGGGUUUUCAGUGUUAAAUACUAUGUGUUAAGAGACUAGAGCAGACACUUCCCUUGAAGCCACGUUCUCUGAAUGUGUGGGGAGGGCUGAUGAGGUGCCGUAAUUCAUGUGUAUGUGUGUGAUAGAUGAUCUUUAGGGUUAGAUUAGCGAAAAGCAGGUACGUAAAAGCUGAAGGGUUUAUCCCACUAAGCUUCUUUGAUCCAUGUUUACCAGACAGGAGAAUUCUGUUCUGGGGAAGUAGACCUUGAAUUCUUGCCUCACAGCGCUGUCUCUCUCUGCAGGGGCCAACACUUGUCUAAUCCUAAAUGCUGUAUGUCCCACGCCAGGCCUGAGGCGCUGUCUUCUUUAGCAUUGCCUUGUGAAAGAGGCCCUGUGCCCUUAUUGGCCAAGCCCUGAAACCUGAUGAGAUUCCAUAUCCUUGAGAUAUUUAUAUAUAUAUUUUUCAUGGGAUAGAAAACAGCCGUGCACAAAUUGAAGCAAAGGUGCUGAGUUGUGGGCUUGACAUUUCCCAAGUUUCAGAAGCCCCUAGAAGAUUGAGUUUCUUACCUAAACUCUAGGGCAUGGCUUCUUCCACUGGGCAAGGUGUUGUUUCCAGUCCUAGCAGGAGCAUUUGUGUAUACAGCUUUGGUGAGGAUGUAGCUGCUUUCCAGGUUUAAUUUUUAUCAGCUGGGCUACUUAAUUAUAUUUUCAGUUAGACAUUUGUGGCUGCAGAAAGAGACUAAGCAUUUUUUUUUUAAGUAAAUCACCACUGUUUGUCUUUAUCUAAUGCAGAAGCCAAAACAUAUGUGAAGCUCGUUAGUGGCCGAGGGGGUGAGUUCUUCCCAGUGGCGCCAUGACCCUGAAGCCUGUGUCAUGCCAAGCACUGCCGACGUCCCUCACUAAGUUUGGCCAUAUGGCCCUGGCCUAAAAAGGAAAUCUAUAGGGUCUUUCCCUUUUUCUCUCUCUUCCAUUCUUCCUCUGUCCGUUAAAAUUAAAUUCUUGCAUGCUUUUGUCAUCAGAUGUUCUUGACUUAGGGACUACUUGUGUUGGAUCAAGGCUACAACCUACUUCAAGUACACUGACAUUAAGAAGCCAUUCGAAAUCCCUAAAACCUCUCGUCUCUGGUUUCACCUUCAAUUUUUUUCUCAAGAAAAAUCCUUUGGCUGGUCAAUAGACAUGUGUGGUAGAGAAUGAAUGAAAAUAAGCUAGGAACUUGUGAUCAUGCUAUAAACAUUCCCCGGCUCAUGAAAAUACUGUCAUAUUUUGGUAUUUAGAUGACAAAAUCUACCUAUUUCUAUUCUCUCUCUUGGGCUGGAGAGAUGGCUUAGUGGUUAAGGUGCUUGCCUGCUAAGCGAAAGGAUCCAGGUUCAACUCCCCAGAACCCAUGUAAGCACAUGGUGGCACAUGCAUGUGGAGUUCAUUUGCAGUGGCUACAGGUCCUGGUGUGGCCAUUCCCUCUCCCCUUUCUCUAGUAAAUAAAUUUGAAAAGAUAAAAUCUACCCAUUUCUAUUCUCUCUCAUAUACUGUUUACUAGUUUACUACUUCUUAAUUAACUGAUUGGUCAUUAUCAUAAGUUGAUGUCUCCUAGUAAGUAAAGUCUGUUUUGAGAGAGUAAACAUAAUCCAAUUUUUAUUAUAUUUCUAGAAGGAAAACAAAGACUUGCCUUCAAUGACUCCAAGUGAAAAAUACCUGGGAAUUCCAGGUUAAAACAUUGUUAAUAUAGUUUUAAUAUCAGAAAGAUCUAUGUCAUGAAGCCUGGAGGCAUUUACAUUCUCAGAUCUCAUUUCAGAAUUCUAUUUAUGUCUAUAUUGCUUUCCUUCUGGCCAAUACCAGUCUUUUGGACUCUGGUUUGGUUUUGACAGGGUCCUACUAUAUAGUCCAAGUUGGUGCUGAAACCUCUGCUUCAGCCCACCGAGUGCUGCAUUGCCAGUGUGUGCCACUUUGUCCAGCCUACCAGGGCCUUUUCAAUGUGAGCCAAAGAUGGUACAGAUGUGACUGAAGCAUUUAAAUGCGUGUUGAACAGCCUGGGGGUAAGUGGAUGGGAUUCAGUGAAGACCAAUGGUUAAAUGCCUAGGCUCUGUAAUAAAUCUGAGGGUUUGGGGCAAAACUAAAAAGGGUGUUGCAAUUUCUUUGUGGAAUAAAAGCAGUCUCUGAAUUGGCUUGCUCUGUAAGGCUUCAGAAGUGGUCUUGAGCCACUGCGUGUUAACAGGACCUCAGGGUGAUCUUCUCUAGCAGGAAGAUUCACUAUCCAUGAAGCUUGCUUCUGUGACAGGACGUGGGAUAACACAGCUAGAGAAUAACCUCAGGUCAAAGCAGUGGGAUCACACCUCCACUUCCAAGUACAGUGCUGAGCCUGGGAAAGAGAAGACUAAAGGUCCAGCUUGUUAGUUUACUGGACGUGAAAAGUCCCCGGCUCCCCUGCAAUCUGAACUGCUCUGACCGGACCGAAAUGAUCUCCUGUGUACAUGGUGGGUCAGUGGGACCAGAGGGGUUUGAUUGCAGUAUUAGCGAGAUAAACAGGCAGCGGCAACACUCUGAAAAUUGAGUUUCCAAAUCAGCUCUGCUUAACUUUGAAUGUGUUAGAAAUGGAUGGGUCCGUUAGCUUUUUUUUUUAAACUAAAAAUCUCGUUUUUCCUUAGUUCUUUUUUUCCUCUGUGGGUAUGUUAUUGCCUGUAGGCCAACUGCAAGCACUCAUUCUGGGUAGAGUUUGAAUAAAGCGAAUAUUUGGCAAAAACACAGCGUGACCCCAUCUCUUUGCUUAUGAAGUGUGGCAUGACUGUGUUUUGAGUCAGUGUCCGGCUGUGAAAUGCACUUCCUGCUAGCCCUGAGCUGAGUGCAUGGAAACUGUUAUGCUUCUAUUUUGUGUGAGCUCCUAAUUGGUAUGUAGCAAAAAGUAAUUUUCUGAAACUGUUUUGUUGCUUUUUUUUUUCUUUUGUAAUAAAACCAUGUGAAA